AGCAACAUAGCUUUUAGUUAAGAAAACUCUUCUACAAUUAUCAGUUGUUGAACUUCAAAAUGCGCGCCGACCUGAUUUAUUUCAUGUUUCUCAUGAUUAUUUUGACGUUGGCAACAAUUGAAGCAACGUACAGAAAACCACCUUUCAACGGAUCGAUUUUCGGGAAGCGAAAUAACGUAGAGAAUGAUUCUUCGGGCAGAGCGAUUGCAGCGUUAUGUGAAAUCACUACCGAAACUUGCCAGGCUUGGUAUCAGGCUUUGGAGAGUCAGUAAAAUAUCGUCUUUAUCGUCAUUUCAAGAACUUGUUUAAUCGAAAACUUAUCCAAUAUUUUACAUAUUCAAUGGGUUACCAGAAAUAAA